AUGUACUUCACAAUCGACAACAAUGCUCUUUUCGAUAAGAAUAAGACAGUACUCGUCUGCUUCCCUCCUGCAUCACCAUACAAGUUCUUCUAUAUCCCAUCUACAAUCAGAAAUAUCUCAGCAGGUGCAUUCCUUGGAUGCAAGAACCUUGUCAACAUCCUCAUCCCAGAUAACUCUGUCGAAACUAUCUACCGCUAUGCAUUUGCAGAUUGUACAUCUCUCACCCACAUCAACAUCCCUAUUUGUGUUAAAACUAUCCAGACACAUGCAUUCUCUAACUGCAUCCAUCUCACGUGUGGCAUUGACAUAGAGAACACAACAGAAUCAUUUCUUGAACAUCUUUAUCUAGAAUGUCAUCUUAAUCGAGACUCUAUCAAAUCAUGUAGCAUCAUCACAUGCAAGAAGUCCAAUCAUUACCGAUAUUUUACAUCCUUCUAUGUCUUCACACUUAGUGAAGGUACUGAACUCGGUUUAUUUUGA